AUGUACGUUGUAAGCGGGAAACAGGCUAUUGGCCGUUGCUUGAGGCGGUUUAGUGUACCAGCAGCAUGUUCAUACGGCAUUAAUAGUAGAAGGUAUGCUUUAUCAUCUUCGGUGGCAAGUGGAGUUGAUACCGAAAUAUCGGCCAAAGGUGAGGUCAAAAAUAACAAGUGUAUUUUGAAUACUAUGUUUAAUAGGGAUUCCACUACUAUUGUUUAUAGUUAUGGUGGAGGGGAUACGGUGAGUGUUGCGUUUAGUAAUGUGUUUUUGAGGGAUUCAUCGCGGUCUUCCACGUCUAUGGACCCAGUCACUGGGCAGAAGUUGUUCACUACAGGCUCAUUGUUGCUUAACGAUAGUUCGACCAUCCCUAAACGUGUAGAGAUAGUUGAGGAUGGUAAUUGCGUCGAAAUAGGGUGGUCUGAUGGAGAUACAUAUGCUUAUCCUUUAGAAUUCAUCCAUAAGUAUGCGGGGCUAGAGCCUACUAAGCGUAGGUCGAAGCAUCGGCCAGUUCUGUGGGAUAAGAAGCUGUUGAAAUCAAAUAUUCAAGAUUUGUUGUCUAUUGAUUAUGAGUCAUUUAUGUCUUCUGAUAAUGAUUCACAGCUUUACCAGACUCUGGUGAACUUGCAAAAAUAUGGUGUCUCGUUUAUUGCUAAUAUCCCGGAUGAAUCUACAACAGGUCCAGACUCUUGGUAUGUGAAGAAGAUAGCGGAACGGAUAGGUCAUAUAAGACAUACUUUUUAUGGGGAAUUAUUUGACGUGGUAAAUAAUCCUAAUGCUGAAAACAUUGCGUACACUACAUUCCCAUUGCCGUUACAUAUGGACCUUUUGUAUCUUGACUGCGUCCCCGGUUGGCAAUUACUCCAUGCAAUCAAGAAUUCCUCUGGAGAUGGUUCAUCUGGUAUGAAUUAUUUUGCUGACGCUUUCCAUGCGGCAAGAUAUGUCAAAGAUACAGAUGGUGAUGCCUAUGACGCUUUACUUCACAUGCCUAUUAACUACGGUUACGAUCGUGACGAUAAGCGGUAUCAUCAAUCAAGGCCAUUGAUAGAGGAGCAUGAUUUUGGGGAGGAAAAUUCUCUUAGCUCACAGUUCAAUGAAUUGAUCAAGUGUGUGAAUUAUUCUCCGCCAUUCCAAAAGCCCUUUACUUAUGGAAUAUGGGAGAAGUCAAAGGGUUCCACGGUUGCAACACCGCAUGGAAAGUUGACAGAGAGAUUUGUCUUCAAGGACUUCCAAAGAGGUUUAGCCUUGUUUCAUAAAUACAUUAAUGAGCCUGCGAACCAAUUUAGACUUAAGUUACCUGAGGGAGUGUGUGUCAUCUUCAAUAAUAGAAGAAUUCUUCAUGCACGUACGGGCUUCGAGGGUGAGAGGUGGCUCAAGGGAUGCUACCUCGACAAUGAUUCUGUUCUAUCGCGGUUACACUACUUAGAGGAGAAGUUUGGAAAUUAG